AUGGAUUUGUUGGACUUUCUAAUCUUUGUUUUCCUCUCGUUCAUUCUCUCUUUUUCUCUCUCAUUCUGUCUAUCUAUCUAUCUAUCUAUCUAUCUAUCUAUCUAUCUAUCUAUCUAUCUAUCUAUCUAUUUCAGUCUGGUCCUAUCUAUCUAUCUAUCUAUCUAUCUAUCUAUCUAUCUAUCUAUCUAUCUAUCUAUUUCAGUCUGGUCCUAUCUAUCUAUCUAUCUUUCCCGACUCGUCUCUGCAUCUAUCAAAGUUAUUUUCCUUGUAUUCAUACGAUUGCUUCCAAAUACACUACAAGGAAAACGAAGUACAAAGUUGUUUCAAUUGUCUUUGGGAUGUUCCAACCGCGUCUCCCCGUUCGUUUCUUUUAUCUCUCUCUCUCUCUCUCUCUCUCUCUCUUUGGCUUCUUUGCCAGGACUUUCCUUUUUAUCUUUUCUAAAAUUUCGACAGUAUUCUUCAGCCUUCUUCCUUUCUACAAACUAUCGCUCUCCUUUUCGACUUUUCAAAACGCUACACUUUCUUUCCCUAAUUUCUAAGAUCAUGCUUUCUCCCGCAGCAAACUUAAACUGUAACCAUCUCUCCUCAUCCUUUCCUGAUAACGAUCUUUUUCUUUUCUCUCCUUUACACACUUUCUUUCGCCUCCCUAUCCACUCUCCUCUUCCUUCAACCAUCGACAAUGCUGCACCCAUCUCUAUGCUAAUCUUCUCCAAUCCAAUUACCUGUACACUCUUUCUUUCGCCUCUCUCUUCCCUCUCCUCUUCCUUCCACCAUCACGAAUGCUGCACCCUCAUCUAUGCUAAUCUUCUCCAAUCAACAGCACCUUUACACUCUUUCUUUCGCCUCUCUCUUCCCUCUCCUCUUCCUUCCACCAUCACGAAUGCUGCACCCUCAUCUAUGCUAAUCUUCUCCAAUCAACAGCACCUUUACACUCUUUCUUUCGCCUCUCUCUUCCCUCUCCUCUUCCUUCCACCAUCACGAAUGCUGCACCCUCAUCUAUGCUAA